UGGGAUGAUGCAAAUGAUGUGGAAGAGUUACUUAAGCAAGGACAUCAAAGCAAACUUCCUCAAAAUUGUUUAGGCAAGUGUGUUUCUCCUGAUGAUGAAAUUGAAACUGCAUUGCAGAGAAUAUUCUCUGAGGAUUCUGUGCCUACUCCUUUGAAACUAGUGUCUGCCCUUAAAGGUAGCCGUGAGAAACAGGGAUUGUCACCAAAGAAGCUGACUGUGACAUGGGCCCCUGAUGUGUACGAUCCUCCACCAACGUCAGUAUUGCACACGGUUAGAGGCAAGAAGCAGCAGAAGUCGAAGAAGAACAAUGACAAGAAGAAAAAUGGAAAGAAAGGGCAGAAGGGCAGCUACUCCACACGUGGUAGUGUUGGUCGUAAAGACAGCAAACAGUUUUGCAGAGGCCGUGGGAAUUCUGAUAGGUGUUAUAAACUACUGGAGGUUGAAGAUAGAAUAGUCAACACCUCAGGUGAUCUUGAUGAUUUUAACGUUGGCAGUCCAGACCCCCAUUGUGGCAGUAGUUUUCUAAAAAUGUCGCCCACUAGGAUGCACUACUCUGUGGCGGAGGCUCUAUGAGUAAAUCUCUCUUCUCAUCAUCGAUAAAAGCCCUUGUUUUUAUCAAUAGCUGUAGAUAAAUAAGCUCUUUCCUGCUUUCUCCGUUGGUGAUAUUUGAACAAUUACUUUAUAGAGCGUGAUGCAAUGGUUUUUGACGAUGGUGUGGAUUUGACGGUUUGCUUAAUGUGCUGUUUAUGCUGCUGUAUGGAAGACAGCACCUGAACUGUCGAUUGCUUGUAAAUAGAAUAUUAUUAGUUCCACUUUGAUGAGAAGACCGGUGAAAUGCAAUGGAGUUUAUGCAUGUUA